ACACCGGUGAAGAUAGGAGCUGCGGAAGGAAGCUUGCUUGUGAUUUACUUGGCUACAGUGUUAGGACAAGAAAAGAGGCAUGUGAGAAUGGUCUUUUCUCAACAUGAAGGGUAUGAUGAUCGGAGUAAGAAUGGAAAUUGGAGUAAGCCUACAUUCUGGAAUGCAACUAGGCCUACAACUCCAAACAUUAAGCCUACUCGUCUACCCUGACUGCACAGCAACAUGACUACACUAACUAGCAACUUACGCAGUCAAUGGUAGUACUUAACACAAACACAGGGCCUUUUGCCUUUCUUUUAGGCUGCUAUGCAUUUCAUCCUUGCGCCUACAUGCUCGAUUAUGUUGUCCAGUAGAUGGCGGUAUGCGCUUUGCAGGCGUAACCCGCCAACAAAAAUCGACGAAGAAGAAGUAGAAGACAAGACGCAAAGCAUAUUUUCUGUGGUUUGUACUGCAUUUGUCAUAUGUUGUCAUAGUUUGGGAAGCAACAAUAAGCUGAAGCUCGUCACAAAACUGCUGAUAUAGUACGUUACCCUGUUCAGAAGGUUACGCCGAAGUGACUUUAACCUUGCUGAUGACAUUUCGAAAUUUGACGCAGUAUCCUCUGACAUUUCCCGCAAUUCCCUGUGACAUUAUGAAUCUCAGCAUCAGGACUGACCAUGACGAGCAGUCGAACACAACUAAUGUCACAUGUGACUAAACAUGGUUCUACGACGACCAAGUAUCGAGAGUAAGCGACGCCGAGCAAUCUUAGCUGUUGAUGUACAAGUGUUUUUUGAUUCUGUAAAUGACAAACAAUUGUUUGUCUUUCAUCGGACAACUUGUGAACAAGUGAGGGAUCACAGAGAGAUCUGGAGUUCAUUCAUCACGUCAUUUGGAGUCAUGGAAUCUGCAAAAAUACCAUCACCGAUAGCGAGGAUUGCCCUUGUUCUUUCAGCGCUAGGUUGCAGUAUCGUAUAUGUGAACGUUGAAGCUUUAGACCUUGUCACAAAAGUAAUCGGAGACGGUCAUGAGUGUCGCGGCAGGGUGGAGAUCAAUCACGAAGGACAGUGGGUGACCGUUUGUAACCGUGGCUGGGACAUGAGCGAUACCCGGACAGUGUGCAGGGAAGUGGGGUGCUGGCUUGCCUCCCUGCCCAGCGGCUUCAAAUUUAGCCCCAGCAGAGCCGUGUGGCUGAACCAUGUCAGUUGCACAGGUGAAGUUCCCGACCUGACGCACUGCUUGCAUUCCAACAGGAAUUGUACCAUCCUUGAAGAAGCCAUGAUGGACUGCUCAGGGAAGCCUGUACUGUCCAUUCUGUCCCCAUUCACUGCCUUCCAAGUGGGUGAGGCCAUACAUUUCAGCUGCACGGCCCCAAGUGGGCCCAAGUUCCUCAACUUCCACCUGUACAAGAAGGGUGUCGAAACUCCUCUUGUGACGCAGAGGGCUGACAACGGACAGAGGAGAAUGGAGCUGACCCUUACUGAUGUGGAGGUCGGACACCAGGGCACGUAUAGCUGUGUCAACAGUGAUCGGAGGAGCUCGCACCCUCCCAAGCGCAUGUACCACAGUAACUACAUUGACAUUGCAGUAGUGGAGCUUAACCGGCCACAGAUCUGGUACAACACGUCCAUGGAAGUGCCCUCUGGGUGGGUGUUCAAGGGAGAGAGCUUCAGCAUCACCUGCUCCACCAAUCCCCUGUACCCAGGCGGCUCCUUUCAGCUGCGGCUGAUCCGGCCCAACGGCACCGUGCGCCACUCUCUGCCGGCUCUCACAUCCGCUGUGACCUUCAACUUCAGCAACGCGCAGACCCUGAACGAGGGCUACUACUGCUGCCAGUACAAAGUCCAGAUGGGCAAGCGUAUGUUGGCCUCCCGAGAGAGUCAGCCUCUCCCCAUUUCUGUCAGAGCAGACACAGACCUGGCCAUGAGUCCUGUGAUGAUCAGUUUGCUGGUAUCAGGGUUGACCUUCGUUGUGGCCACCUUUAUCAUCCUGAUUGUGUUCAGAAUACUCUCCAAGAGGAAGAGAAAACUUACAGAAUUAGAAAGAGAGAGCAGAACUUGUGUAGACAAUACAUACAUCGCACUGACAACUAUAAAAUAGCAGGACAACGAAACAGAACGGAACCAAACAAAAACAGACAAGAACUGAAGUGAGGAGUCGCACGAGAACCAGCCCACAGAAGACUAUGGAUGUAUCUCAACUCAUGACCCUUUCUCAGGAACAAGACGAAGAAGAUGAGACAAGACAAAGACCAAAACUACAGAGAACUACAUAUUUUCCAUGUGGAAUCCAUCCAUCCAUUCAAUGCAGGUUUGACUCCUGGGAAGGUCAGCUUGUUUGCAGGUAUUCAAAUACAUUUCUCAGAUAGGUCUCGUUUGAAUACCAGAACCCCCAUUUGCCUUGAGCGAGUGUAGCACCAAAGUCCUGCUAAAUGUGUUAGCUUUAAAAAGUUUGCUAACUCCAUUUAAUUGUGUAAGAAAUGCUGCUAGGUUGUAGUUUUGAAAUACAGUGCUUAAUACAAUACAAUACAAUACAAUACAAUACAAGCAGUGCAGUGCAGUGCAGUGCAGUGAAUAAAAUCAGACAGAUUUGCACAGAAGUACAACAGUAAACUAUGUUUUUCUUAUCCCAGUAUUGAGCAUGUAUGUCUAGUUAUAUUCAGCUCAUCUUUUUGUCCUGAAAAAUAGAAUGUGUUUUGUCGCCGUGAAAAAAAUGAAAGUCAAUGCAGACAUUGUAAAAAAGGAAAUACCAGCGACAAAACCUGAACCUUGCAGUGAGGUUAUAAGUGCAGGCACAGAGGUGUAAGAUUUAAUUAUUCAUUCUGUGAAAUUCAGAAUUCUUUGGUAAUUAAUUACAAAAUCUUACGCAUCUUAAAUAGUUAUGGUACAGAAAUAACAAUAUUAUUUCCAGUAAGCAGUUUGUUACACAUAUCUGUACUUGGCCAUGUGGGAGCUAUUUAUUAAGAAUUAUAGACAUCUUCUCGGAGAGAUAUUUUCCACAAGCUAUUCUGUGCUUGUCGCCUAGCCAUGCUGACGUCAACCAUAUACUGUAAGUCUACUGUUAUGAAAUGGUAUUCCCAAUAUCACAUGAAAGGGAAGCAUUUACAGUACAAACUAUCGAGAUGAAAAUGUGUGAUGUGAAGGUGCAGGUGAAGCACAUUUGCAUAGUAUUAAGACAUAUUUAGAGGUAGUGUAGUGGAGGCAUUGUGUUGUGUAUUCAUUCAUAGUGAGGAGUAGCAGGAAUGGAAUCUAAGUUUGUUAAGCACUUUGAUCGAAGAGUUGCAUUGUAGCUCAUCCCCUAUCCCCCCACACUACUCUACUGUAUGUUUAGCUCCCAAAAGGACAUACCUACAUACAGUUCAGUGUACAUGAAAGUUCUUUGCCACUUUAUACCUGCAAAGAUGCAGUUUGUAUGGUUAGUGUACGGUGUGUGCUGAAAUGGUCUUUGUUUAUGGCUUGUGUGCUUUGAUGUUUCUGUAAUGGUUUUUCAUUCAGUUGCAUAUUUUACUGCUCGUUAGAACUGGUUGGGGGUUGUACUGAAUUGUAGAGAAACAAAUUUUCAUUUGGGCUUGACAAUCCCUUGACUGUAAAACUGUGUUUCUUUUGUAUCAGAGGUAUAUUCUUUUUUUUCUUGGUUUAUUUUUGUGUCAUUUUAUAUUUAUAUGCGUCAGCAGAUACUUAUUCAUGUAUUUAAGAUGUGUUUAUAGUCAUUUAUUUUUUAACAGUAUGAAAUGUUAACAUUUCAGUUGCUAAACACAAACAUACAAACACUAUCCAAUGGACCUUUCCAAUCUGUUUAGGAUAUAUACUUUCAUGGGAUAGAGGCACAGUAUUUCCUUAACAGGAUGUACAAACAGGUGAAAUAACAUGGUACUUGGAUGAUAUUGUUAAUAAGAAAAAGUUUAUUUCAAUGCCCAAGGGCCUGGCCAUCAAAUGGACAUCCCAAGUGUAAACACUAGCCUCACACGAUGGGAUCAGAGGCAUAACAAUGCUGCUAUUCAGCUCCCCUAAAUGCUGGCGUGAAAUGCAUAAUGUCCCAACAGUGUGCGAAAUAGAGCUACCUGAGACCCUUAGCACUGGUAAAAAGUAGUGACCAUCGAUUGUACUAGAGGUCAAUCACAAAGUGAGAACAUCUCUUUUUGUUAAGAUGUAACUAUUUCUUUGAUCAUUAAAAGUCUUUAUUUGAAA